AUGCACAGUUUGCAAGGAGUUACUGAAUAUGCGGCCUCCACUGACGUCCAAUCGAAUUUUGAGUCGGAUCCACCAAAAUUGUUGGUUGAAGAAGUAGGGGAGACAACAGCAGAGAUAGUGCCAAUCUUUAUUAGUAACCAUUCGACUUCCUUCUCCUACCUUCCCAUGCAUACUGAUGAUCCGUCCGUCCCCGACACCCCCAUCAUACAUCCAAGUGGGGAUGAGUUUGGGAAACUUUAUGAGAUCCUUGGUGCUAAUGAAGGGUCUCUAAGAAGGCACCAAUCAGAGCUUGGCGGUGUGGAGCUUGGAGGUGACCUCG